AUUAUGAGCAAAAAAGUUCAUAGAAAUAAAAAAAUACACAGACAAGCGCAUUUACAGUGACCUUAUGUGUGGAAUGUUUAAUAAGACACACAUGACAACUGAGCUUUUUCAAAUGAAAGCAGUGAUUAGUAGACUUAACUUAAAACAUACAAUGCUGUUUUCUCCAGGACAUCGGAAAAUCUCACAGCUCUACCUGCAGAUGAUUUGCACAGUGCAAGUGCUAAUGGCCACACCAAAUCAGCACAACAAAUUUUCACAGAAAUGUACCAGGAUGAGGCUAAUGAUGAGGUGUUCCCAGGUAGUGGUGUGUGGCUGCAAAAUCUGUGUGAACAUUUCGUGCAGCACCGAAAAGAUGGCAUCUUUGUUCGCAAGGCCAGCGUACAAAUAUUUUCGACUGCAGGCCUCAUUAACAGAAGCGUCACUGGCACUGCAUCAAGUAGGACUAAAACAAAGGCCAAGCCACUCUUGGAUACUACAAAAUAUGGUAUUCUGAAAACAUUCUUCAGGCACUACCUAGACCGCCAAUGCAGCAGCCCAGAAGAAAUUGCCACAAGACAUAGUUGCCUUGACAAAAUAGUCGCCUGCAAGAUGGACAUCAUGAAGGGCCAGGAGAAGCAUUUGUAGUUGUUUCGAUUUUGAGAAUAUAUUUGACGUAGUAGUCCUGCGGAAACACGCAAGGUGGAGAGAAGUAAUGAAUAAAGGGAAAAACAGACAUCCACCCGUUCGUAGCAAUUGCUACGAACAGGUGGAUGUCUGUUUUCCCUUUAUUCAUAAGAAUAUAUUUGUACA